CCAAUGGGAUAGCUAAUUUUCCAAUCGAUGGUGGAGUAAUCAAUUCCAUGAAACAACGUAUGGAUUUGGCAAGACAAAUAGAUCAAGAAGAACACAAAUUGCAAAAGGGCAGCCAUGAUGAUGAAUGGUUUAAGAAAGUUGCGGAAGAUCUAGAAGUGGACUUGGACGACGAUCUUCUUUUCAAUAAAAAAAAAACUAAUGAAGGAGGACAGAGCAAUGAUUCUGCUAAAUAUAAAAUUCAAGCAUUAAAACUUCAGUUGAAAGAAUUAUUAUCUCAACCAUUAGUUCCACGUGGUGUUUCUACUAAAUAUUUAACAAGCGGUAUUGUGCGUGAUUUAGCCGAUAGAUUGUUAGAUGGUUCAUCGU